CUCUAACAAUGAAGGUCCUUUUCAUCGGAACCUUAGUCAUAUUUUGUGUAAGCAUUAUUGCCGAGCGAUGUAAAGUUGCACAGGACUGCCAGUUUACCUCGUGUUCCUCGAAUUCCUCCCACAUUGCAUGUCAUGGAUACAAGUGUACAUGUGACGCUUCCAUUCCAUGCUCCAGCAUUUUAGACUGCAUCGAUAUCGGUCGUUGUCAUGAAGAUGAUAGUCACUAUCAUUGCUUGGACAACAAAUGUGCUUGUCUAAAAGACAAAGAUAUUCCAUCACAGUGAAUAAAUAUGGGCAACAUA